AUGCAAAGUACGCGCGUGAAGGAGAAAGUGCAUCUGAGGAUGGUGCGUAGUGGAUGUUACGAAAAUAGGCAGCUAAAGGCGAUUGCCUUCUGUACGCUGUUGGCCGUUUCCACCUUGCUGCCGGUGACCGAUGCGUUGAAGUUUAAAAGUCGCAGCAAAACUUCAUCCUCUUCGUCAUCGUCGUCGAGUCGUGUUUCGAAACCAAGCACCUCGUCUUCGUCCUCGUCCAGCUAUAGCAAUCCGGGUAGCUUGAGCUACAGUAACUACCAAGCGAAACCAGCGCCGAAACCGUCGGCUCCGGUUGAACCGUCGAACACGCGCAAUAUUGGAUGGAAUGUAAACAGUCAGGCAAAGCCCGCGGGUUCCGUGGCACAGCCAGCGGUUAACAAGCCACCGCCGUACCCGGUACAGUCGAGUGUGGCGAAGCCUCCGUAUCCGGUUCAGCAGGGUGCUGUGAAACCUCCAUAUCCCGUACAGCAGGUUGCUCCGGUACAGUCGAGCGCUCCGAAGCCUCUCUAUCCGGUACAGGCUACACACAACACGCACCAGACGCACGCAGGAGCUCCACCGCCACCGUACUCGCAGGGACCGCCACCACCGUAUUCGGCCGCUAACAAUCCGAACUUGAAUUCGCGCUUCAACGAAGCGCCACCGAUGUAUACUCCGGGAAAUCAAGGCUUUAGGGCACCGGGUCAGCCAGGCUUCGGACAGCCGGGAACCUUUGGUCAACCAGCGUACGGUCAGCCAGGAGCAGUGGGUGGUUUUGGACAACCGGGAGGAUUUGGGCAACCGAUGGGAGGAUAUGGACAACCGAUGGGAGGUUUCGGAGGUGGUGGUUAUCAUCCUCCGGCGGGUGGAUUCAGUGCACCGCAUGGUACCUUCCAGGGUGGUGGUUAUGCACCUCCGGUAAAUUAUGCCCCCGCGCCAUCGUUCCCUAUUGCGGCCAUUCCGGCCGGUGCGUACAAACCACAAAGCUCCGGUAUUGGUGUCGGUGGCAUUGCAGCUGGUGUUGGAACGGGUUUGUUGGCAGGAGCGGCUGGUUCCGCGCUUUACAAUGCGCUUCGCCCAGAGGAUCGUGGACGGUACCAUGAGAGAGGUAGUGUAACGAUCAUUAAUAAUAUACCAGCGGCCCCUGCUGCUGCCCCUGCUGCAUCGGAAGGAGUCGUUUCGGCAGCUGCCUCUCCGGUUCCUGUCGCUGCAGCUGCAGCUCCUGCUCCUUUGGCUCCAGCUCCAGCAGCAGCAGCACCAGCAGCGGUACCUGCAAUCCUACCAGUAGCUGGAGUACCUCCAGUUCAACCAGCAUCCGCUGGCCCCGAUGGUCAAGCAUCCGUACCACUCGCUCCAAUGCCCAACACGACUGACGACGCCAAUGCGCAGGCUUCAACACCAUCACCGCCAGCAUCACCCGGUGUCCCCGAUGCUCCGGUUAUUCUAAAUCAAAACGCCACUACGACCGAAGCAGAACAGCAACAGCCAACAGUAAACGGAACCGAAUCGAUGACUCCACUAGCGCAGGCACCGGUUGAAAUGGCACCUGUCGAAACGACCACUGUGAAUCCCAACGCUAAGCAAUAUAUUCCACCACCUGGUCAGUAUUAUCCGGCCACCGGGCAGUAUGUGCCCCCGGGUGAGUAUGAUCCGGCAACGGGAAUCUUCACGCCAGGACGAUACAUCCCAGACACGAGCAUCUUCCAGUCCGGCCUGUACGAUCCAUUGACGCAGAUGUUUACUCCGGGUCGGUACGAAACCGACGGACAGUUUAUUCCGGACCCGAACCAUCCUUCACUGUCGCUGGCACCGAACGAUGGCGAACAACCUGUUACUCCUGUAGUCGCCCCAGUUGCAUCCCAGCCGGAACCGGUUACACCAGCCGUUGCAUCACAGCUGAAAACUACGAGCGGCGCUAGCAUGAAGACGGUAUCGCUACUAACGGCGCUUGGAGCUUUGAUCGUGUCGGAAAGCUUCCGUCAGAUCGUAGGCUUUUAG